AUGUUCGCAAACAUUGCUAUCGUUGUUGCUGGUCUUGCCGCCGUCGGCACUGCUCUUCCUGCUGCUGGCAGCGCAACCAAGCGUAGCAUCGCAGACAAAUACACCUUCUAUCAGGGUGAUGGAUCUGCUGCUGCUGGCUGGCCUUCCCAAGAUGCCUGGGGCAGCUGGGACGACCUCUGGAACGCCAACGUUCCUCUUAUGCAAAAGUCUUGUCUCUGGAAUGGCUGGGUUGGCGAUGACUCCGAUUCUGAGAUUCAGGAUAUCGCCACCGCCAUCAAGUCCGUUGCCAAGUCCACCGGUGUCGACGAGCGCUUUAUCCUCGCCAUCAUGAUGCAGGAGAGCAAGGGCUGCGUGCGUGUUCCGACAACAAACAACGGAGUUGUCAACCCCGGUCUCAUGCAGUCUCACAACGGCGCCGGUAGCUGCUUCGGCACCAGCCCUUGCCCGUCAUCCACUAUCAACCUCAUGAUCAAUGACGGUGUUGCCGGCACCACUGAUGGCCCUGGCCUUCAGAAGCUCCUGUCUCAGGCCAAGGGCCAGGUUCACAACGAUGGUAGCCAGGCCUACUAUGCAGCUGCUCGUCUGUAUAACAGCGGUUCUGCUGACUACACAAACCUCGACAACGGUCUGGGUAGCACUGCUUGCUAUUCAUCUGACGUCGCUAACCGUCUCACGGGUUGGACCCUUGCUGCCAGCACCUGCGCUUAA